CACUUCCCCUAGCUUAUUCCCGUAGACUCCGCCCACUAGCCAGAGAAAGCACACCGCCCGACGACCGCUCGCCCCUCGUCGAACCAUAUGGCAAAUUUAGGCCUUUUUCUUUCUUUUAUUGUGGCCCCCACUACCGUUUAAAAAUUCCGCCGAAAAAGAGAAGACGAUUUUCCAAAUCAUUGUGGCCGUUAUCUCACGGCUCCCCUGUCUCUGCACAGGUGUAUCACCGCUACCCAGAAGGGCUAGGGGCGGCUCUCUACCGGGAGCACUUUGACUUCAACGCUGAGCCGCCUUGGGACCCUAGCUGAUAGUGGGACAAGUCCUCUCCUGACUUGUCCAUUUUGUUGCAUACCGGCAGGACCCCCUUGGCUCAGUCGUGACCUUCUCUAUUCGCCUCACUCUUCUUUAUGAUUGUCAGCUAAGCGGAAAACGGUUAAGAUGAAAGGACUUUGUGAGGAGCCGUGCUAUGUCAUCGAGCUCCUGGAGGACGGAGUGACCAUUGACGAUGUCAUCGAUGGAUACAUCUCCGAACACGCUCUGGUGGAGAGGAGUGCCUUCGUGGUGGGCGACUUGGGGGCCCUGAUGCGGCAGCAUGUGCGCUGGCAGGUUCUGGCACCAAAUCUUCAACCCUACUACCCUGUCAAGUGCAACAGCAGCCCGGCCAUCAUCGAGGUGCUGGCCUCCCUGGGCCUCGGCUUCGUCUGCACCAACAAGGCUGAGCUGAGCCUGGUGCUGGAGCAAGGCGUACCCCCGGAGAACGUCAUCCUAUCUGGGGUCUGCAAGCAGCUGGCCCACAUCAAGUAUGCCGCAAAGAACAACGUGUGCCACCUUGUUUGUGACAACCAGGCGGAGCUCUGCAAGAUCGCCCGGGCACACAGCAACGCAAAGUUGUUGCUGCAGCUCACCACUGAGGCUCAUGCGGCCGAGACCAGCGUGGCCUUCGGCUGCUCCCUGAAGAGCUGCCGGUACCUCCUGGAGUUAGCCCGGGAGCUGGGGGUGGAUGUCGUGGGGGUGACCUUUCACAUUCCCCCUUCCUGCCCGGACCUACAGCAGGCCUACCACCAUGCCCUCUCGGAUGCCCGCUGCGUCUUCGACAUGGGGGCCGAGCUCGGCUUCAGCAUGAACAUCUUGGACAUCGGUGGUGGAAUCACAGGUUCAGACUUUCAACUCCAGCAGGUUGAGUGUGCGGUCAGUCCACUGUUGGAUGCCUAUUUCCCUCCGUUGUCUGGGGUGCAGGUGUUGGCCCAGCCAGGCACCUUCUAUGUGGCCUCUGUUUUCAGUUUGGCUGUCAACGUGAUUGGCAAGAAGGUCCUGAACCAACAGUGGGGCAGUCUGGCCCAGGGGGAGCUGAGUGCCACAGACACAGAGUUCCAGUACUACAUCAACGAGGGCGUGUAUGGCUCGUUCCGCCGCAAGCUGCUAGGAAAUACUAUCCCUGCCCCGUCUGUUCACAAGCAUGCUCUCUGCACUGAGGAGCUGGUGUAUCCCAGCAGCCUGUGGGGGCCGUCCCUGGACCAACUGGACGAGGUGGUGGAGCACUGUCUGCUGCCUGAGCUCAGUCUCGGGGACUGGCUGCUCUUCCCAAACAUGGGAGCCAACGGGCUGGAGGAGCUCACCUGCCUGCCCAGCGAGCCCCAGAUGCCUGUCUACUAUGCUAUAUACACCGCAGACUGGUGCGGGAUGCAGGAGGCUGGUGUGGCACUAGACGGCACAAUGAAGAGCUUCUCCCUGAUCAACCACAGUGCGGUGUUCAAUCAUCCGUCCAAGUCCAUCUGAAUCCGAUAUGUGGCACAGAGCCCAUUAACCCUUUCUGCGGUCCGGAAGGGACAGGGUCUGACAUCGAGGGAAAGCUAAAUUUGGUCAACAUUCCAUCCGUCUUGGAAAAUAGAUUAUUUUUGUUUUACCAGCAAAUCAAGGCUUCUUUUAUUCAAUAUUUUUUAAUAUUGAAAACAGGAAAUGUGUGGUAAAUUCCUACCUCAGUACUCCUGGAUUCUCCUCGAACAAUUAUGUCCUUAUUUCAACCCCCCACUCCCCUCCCUUACACGUCUCUCUCACGACAGUUCAACAAUCUGCCAGAAAACACCAUUAUGCAACAAAAUGGACGACUCUGUGGCGAUCUACCCCUGCCACUUUGGGAGGGGGUUUAUUUCCGUAAUUUAAAAACGUUUACAUAAUUGUACUAUUGAUUUUUAAAUCUUUCCGUAUUACCUGUCGUGUAAAUUGCUUUGUUCAACACAUAGAUUUUGUAACAUGAUUUUUGAAAGAUAUCAAAAUAGAUAUAUAAUUCUGAAUUCUAUGUGUAGGACCCCAACUAGCAUAGUUUUAAAGGCAUAACAUUGUAAUAUUUUAAUUGUGAUUCACUUUUAUUUAAUUUAUUGCUCUAAAAAACACUGUUGGGGCUAAUUGAAGUAACUUUAUGUAUCUGUUAACAUGCUGUGACCCAUCAAAACAGUAUUUGCCUGUUUAUAUAUUUAUGUAUUUCUAAUGCUUCAUAGUUGGUGUGCAAUUUCAAUUGUUGGGGAGUGGGGAGAGUUGUACAACUGUGAUCUUAACUUGAAUAUAACAAGCCACACUAGAGAGUAUAUGGAGUAUACUACAGAGAGCCCCUUGGUCAAAAGUACAUUAAAGGUUAACUUUUAAGACAUUCAAAUCAUCAAAUGUGCCACUGCAUUUGAAAUAACACCAUGUUGUCCAUAUUGCACUAAAGACAUUUUAAUGUUCAAAAGAAAGAACAAACAUACGAACCUUGAACUUAUGAUGUUAAAGUUUCUGUCCAGUGAUGGAUUUUUUACACACCAGAAGCGCAAUACCAAUAAUGUAAAAAUACAUGCCAGGCAUAGCUUAAUUAUUACAGCAGUACUCCUUAAUGCUUCUCUGAAGCAAGGUAUUUGAGAGAUGUCACUUGGAGUCUCUUGAAGCUGUUUGUUAAAGUUGACCUGAAUGAACUCCAGUUCCAAACUAAUAAAAUCCUGUCCCGAGUGUAUUUCAAACAAGUAAUGUAUUGUUACUUGUUGUCUCUGGCGCUAAUGGACCAUAGCGUGUUUUAAUUGUAGGUUGUGCUUAAAGUAAUAAAAGUGAAUAUUUAAUACA